GUAAAGUUUCAGUUUUACUGAGAAGCUAGAAACGUAUUGAUUAGUUCCAUCUCACUUCACAGAGGCUCGGAUCUGACCUGGAGUCAGCUAAUGAAUGGAGCUUGUCCGAGGCCUCAGCUCCUCUGGUUCCUCCCACCUUUGAGCGGAGUCGUGCGAUUGGUCGACUGGGGUUCACCUGCGGUUACACAGGCAGAACUCAAACAGACGCCAUCGCUGCGUCUGAACACGUCAUGUUGAAUGAGCGGCUGUUUGAGCUGACGUUAGACUUUGAACCUGGUGCAGCUCCAAAAACAAAAAGACGUAAAGGCUUCAUUUAGGGAUGUGUUCUAACCAGUAGCAAAACAAACGUCACACGACUGAAAACCUGUGUUCACAGGACGACGGCCUCUACUACGUUCAGCUCAACACGUUACGUGUAGUCGAUGGCAGUGUCAACAUGUGUGUUCGACUCCUCUUUCAGAGGACAAGAAGUUUUAAGGACUUCCAAAUGUGCGGAAGAAACCUACACUUUAGAAAAGACACAAAAGAGUUGAUCCAUUAAGCAGCAUCUUAACAGCAGGUCUCCAUUGUGCCACUUAGACACUAUGAACAUGUAAGGUCUGCUGCGAGGCUCAUGAAACAAUAUUUAUUGUUUUGUGGAGGCUGCUUGGCAUCUGACAGCCUGUGCUGUUCUGCCUCUGGAGGAUCGAUAAAGCCUUUAUAUGGAGCGUUUACUACACGGCGCAGCGUGUGUUUGCUCAGUUGCUGUUUACAUCUCCACACGCUCAGUGAAUCUAGUUGUUACAGGCACUAACUCGUAGUUGUGUGACACUUGUACUAAAUUAUGAGAAUUUACUACCAGAAUGAGGCCAUUACAUAUGUUGCAUGUUGUAGAGAGACCAAACUAUUUUAGAAGCUUUAUAUUUUGGGGUAUUUUGUAAAUGUUUUUAUUCUAUUUUCAUGUGAACUCUUGUAAACUCAUGUUGGAAACAACUGUGACCUGAUUUUAAAAAAAUUAAGGUAUUUAAUCUCCAUUCACAGCUCGUUUUGUUUGAUUUCUCAGUAAAUUGAGUGACGCCUUGUUUUAACCAAAGCAUUUGUAGGAAGGAACUAGAGAUCUGGCGGAACGAUUGUUGCGCCUGGUUUCCAGUCGGACACAAUAACAGUGGACACACGUUCUUGUGAGGGCCCAGAACUUGAAGCGCCUUGUUUUUUACGCCUAACAACCGGCUAAUUGUCGCCGAGUGACCGGUUUCCAGUUGACAUGGAGCCUGAGCACAAGGCUGCGCUGCGGGCGCACAGGUCGUAUCUGUCCGGGGAGUUGCUGGUCAGCGACACCAUCGUCCCGUUUCUGUACCAGGAGGACGUUCUGACGGACUCCCAAGUGGAGCUCAUCGAAUCUCAGCCCACUAACCGGCAGAAGAGCCUGAAGCUGCUGGACAUCCUGCCGAAUCGCGGGCCGCGGGCCUUCUCCGCCUUUCUGCGCUCCCUGGAGGACUACAGUUGGGUCCGGGACCUUCUACAGCAGCAGACGUGGACGGGUUUUCCUGGAGGACGAAGUAGCAGAACCAAGUUUCUGGAUGACGUUGGUCAGAUGUUGGUUCACAUCCCAAUCAGGAGACCAAGCGGCGCAACCCCCCACAGACCAUCACAUACCCAGAAUCACAGCAGGACAAAACCAGGCUGUCCAGGACCCCCUUUGACCAGUGUCAGUCCUGAAGGCGCUGACCUGUUUGACUGUAGAGAUGUCUGCAGACUCCCAGACUCGGUUCUGCUCAGGGUUCCUUCAGAUCAGGAGUUGUCCCGCCUGGCGUCUCGUCUUGGUUCUGAAUGGGAGUUGGUGUUGAUGGACCUGGGUUUGUCGACUGAGGCCUUGUUUCGCUGCCGGUCCGAUCACCCAUUCAGUACCCACGGAGCGGUUCUGGCCGGCCUGGUACAGUGGAGACGCUCUGAGGGGAGGGAGGCCACCGUGCAGAGACUGAUGCAGAGUCUGGAGGCUGCUGACGUCCACGUGUCAGCUCUGACCGAGAUCCUGGAGUCACGACGACGGUCUGGGACCAGUUUAGUAAAGUCAAAAUGAAAGGUGACUAUUAUAUGAUGUUAAAACAGGAGCCACAGACUCUGGAUGGGUUCAGUCCACAGAUGAGCUGGACUUAUCUGUAGCAGGUUGGUUGAUUUUAGAGGUGAAACUCCUUUAACAGCCAGAACCCCUCAACUCAGGAAACGCCUCAGAUUUAAGGCACACUGGCUUGGUGUGCACUGGCCACCAUCUGUGGUCAGGUGAUGUAUGUUUAGGUCGUUAUCGUCAGACUUUCAAGGACGUUCUUAAAAAAAGUCAGACGCUCUGAAGCCUUAACUCGUUUUAAACUUCAGCUGUGCAGCAUCCUGAGCUACAACCAUGAACAACGGAUUUCCUGCUUGGACUGAGUCUUUGAGAUGGAUUAAGAUCAUUAAAGCAGUCUCAUUCAACUGUAAACCUCUGAUAAACACAUAGUUUCUCAGAAUCACUGAGCUGGAAACUAGAAGUACUUAGAGAUGCAGCUGUGGAACUGGACCAGAGACCAGAACAGAGCCAGAACGUGAUUCGUCCUGGACACUGGGUCCAGUUUCAGCUUCAGUGAAGCUUCAAUGUGUGGUUCUUUACACAGCUGUCAGUCAUGCUACAGCUGAUGCAGCCACCGGUGCUGGGUUGUGCACUGAAUAUAAAACACAUGACUAUUUUAUAUGAGUUUAUCAUUACAAAUAUAACAUGUUCAACGUGUUAACAUUUGAUAGAAAUCAUGUAAUGAACGUUUCGAUUGUGUUUGUGCUGUUGUUGAGUUAAACAGUUUUACUGAUCAGUGGACAAGUCACAUCAGGAAUUUAUGACUGAAUCAAGUUAUUUAGAACUAAUUGAACGAUUAGUUAUUAAUGUGUUGAUCUCACCGCUCUGCUCCUUCCUCCGUCUAUAUCUCUGGUUCCAGCCUAAAAACAAACAACAGCAGAUGAGUCGUUGUCUAUUGAGCGAAUCCACAUCCAGCAGCUUUAUCCUACAAGCAUUGAAUCCUGUUCGCUAAUUAGCCAUAUGGCGCCAACUAGCUAACAUUAGCUGCUAAGCUAGCGAGCUACGUCAACAAGCGUUACUGGACAGUUCUGGAACUAGACCCGUUUCUAAGUGGGCUGUUACCUGCUGAGCUGCCGCCACCUGCUGGUCCAGACCGAGAAGCAGCAACAGUUCUGUUGGCGGAGCCUGUAACGAAGUGUCGGAACCACUGUAUGUGACGGGAACGUUCAGGUUAACGCUGUGUCCAUCCUUUGUUCUGAUCCAGACUUCAGGUUAUGGGUCGGUCUGACGCUGCUAGAGAACAUAUUUGAUAUUUCCUUCGUUCCAUUGCUUACUUGUAUAAAAUAUUUUGAUUUGG